AUGAAAUCAAGGCGGGAUUCAACCUUGUCGGCGUGGUCAUUCGUACUAGUCGCCUUCGUCAUUCUGGGAACCAUAUCAGCGGCCCUCGCGGCCGCAUCAAAUCCGCAGGCCUCCUCAUCGCCAUCACCAGAUGUCGAGCUGAUAUGCCACACCGACAACCCGGCGGAAUGUUACCCAAAGGUCUUCCAGGCCACGGAUCAGUUUCAAAAGGUCCACGACGACCAGGACCUCCCCUCGGGCUUACACGUCCGACUCAACGUCUGGACGGGCGAGAAAGAAGCAAAGAUCAAUGUACCGGACGAGAUAGAUCCCAGCCUAGAAGGGCUCCCCACCGACCAGUCCGUGGUCCUCGUGGACCCCGAGCCGGCGGCCGAGGAGCAAGCCGCGCCGCCCAAAUAUCCGCCCGGCGCCCCGGCGUACGACCCCGUCGGCAAGGUCAAGCCGCCGACGGACGAGUCUGCCGUCUUCCACAGCGCCCUCAAAGUCAUCAGGAAGGGCGCCUUCCGGCCGCACUAUCUCGGGUUGGCCGACGAGAACGGCACGACUUUUGACGAUGCGCUCGAGGGCAUCCAGGAGCUCUCGCACGACCUCUACUACGGCCUCAAGCUGGCCGAGGACGCCGAGGCGUUCGCGGCGCUUCUCUGCGCCAUGAGCUACGACAGCCCGAGCAUGCACGAGACUCGAGACGACACUGUCGACGCUUCUGUCGGGGCGGAACGAGCGGCGAGUCGGUCGCACAAGGCGGCGACGGUAGUCGCGGCCGCCCUGCAAAACAACCCGAAUGCGCUGAAGGCGGUGGAAAAGGCCUGGGACUCCACCAAGCUUGCCAUGUGCAGGAAGGGCGAGGGGCAGAAUCUGAAGGCCGUGCUUUUCAGCAGUCUGGUGGACGACGAGUCGAGCACGCCAGACGUCGGGCUGCUCAAAGCCAAGCUCGCCGCCAUCACCGGUCUGCUCAAGAGCGAUAUGUUCAAGGACGAGUUCCUGGCCUCAUCUGGCAUGGACCAGAUCCUCCGCGUCCUCGUGAUCAAGGAUACAGAGACGUCCAAGUAUGACGUUGUGCGGCGGAGAGCUGCCAACCUGGUCAUGGACAACUUUCUGGACGAGAGCAUGGGCGCGACGCUUGGCAAGUGGCCCAACCAGCCGGAACAAGCCGUGGCCAGAGGUGAAAAGGGCAGUGUGCCGGUGAGAGAUGCCUAUUUUGAUCACCAUAUCAGGUCGUUGGCGCAUGCCAAUAGGAAAGACGACGGUCACUGGAGUGUCGAGCUGUGGACGAUGAUCCAGACGCAGCGGGAAGCUGGCGCCAGGAAUCCCAAGGCGAGGAUCCACGAGGAGCUGUAG